AUGAUUAUACGGUACCCCGCUUCGAGUGCCUUUCGAUCCAAUGGCCUCACUACCGUAUGUAAAUCAUGUCUAUCACGGACAACGAAGCAGUCGUCGCGAUCCAUAGCGAGAAAUCUAUCGACGGCGUCCAGCUUCAAAAUUGCCGUUUCCGGAACCACGCCCCAAUUGCGCUCCGAGUAUUUUUCUGCGAAUGGCAUACUUGACAAGGCGAGGGCGAGCGCAAGGAGAGGUGGGAUAACAACAAGCACAACACAGACAAGUGCGAUUGGAAUGCAAAAUGGAGCUUCGAAGGUCUCCGAGGGCACCCUUCCAACACCACAAUCUAUACAAGAUCUACCUCAUAGGAGACGACAAGCUGCCAGGCGCGCUGCCGCUGCUUCAGCACAAGGAGAUCUAGUUUUGCCGCCCAAUUCCUCAUCGACACUCACCGAAAGCGCUGCCGCCGCGCCGACGAAUUCCCUCAGACGACUAUUACCUAUCCUCCUCUCCCUCUCGAAACCACGAUUGAGCGUUCUCGUCGUCCUUACAGCAUGUGCCACAUACUCUUUAUAUCCCGUACCAGAGAUGCUGUCUCCGUCACUCACAGACGCCCCCUCUCUUUCGACCCUCACACUUCUUUUCCUCACUACUGGCACGACACUAUGCGCGGCAUCUGCGAAUGCAUUUAAUAUGCUCUACGAGCCGAAAUGGGACGCCAUGAUGAGCCGCACCCGAAACCGACCGCUGGUUAGAAAGUUAAUAUCUACGCGGGGAGCAGUGGCAUUUGCGAUUCUAAGCGGGUUGGCAGGAACAACAGCAUUAUACUUUGGAGUAAAUCCCACCGUAUCGUUUCUAGGCGCCUUGAACAUCGCUCUCUAUGCCGGCGUCUAUACACCCAUGAAGCGCGUUUCGGCAGUCAACACAUGGGUUGGGGCGAUUGUGGGUGGAAUACCACCUCUCAUGGGUUGGGCGGCCGCAGCAGGACAAUCCGCUACGGAGGCGGGAGAUUGGAGGGAACUUUUGCUCGGGGAACAAAACGCUGGGGGCUGGAUACUUGCAGCGUUGUUGGUGGCAUGGCAGUUUCCUCACUUCAUGUCACUGUCCUGGUCGAUCAGGGAAGAGUAUAAAAACGCAGGCUACAAGAUGUUAUGUUGGAUAAACCCAAAUCGGAACGGCCGGGUGGCAUUGCGAUACAGUCUCGCAUUCUUCCCUAUCUGCUUCGGGUUGUGCUACUACAACAUAACCGAAUGGACGUUCGCAGUCGCGAGCACACCCAUCAACGUGUGGCUUGUCAGAGAAGCAGUCAGAUUCUGGAAGCUCGAAGGCCAGAAGGGAUCGGCGAAGGGUCUUUUCUGGGCCAGCGUCUGGCAUCUUCCCGUCGUCAUGAUUCUCGCCAUGGUCGAGAAGAAGGGCAUGUGGCAGCGAGUAUGGCGUGCAGCAGUUGGCGAACCCUACCCCGACGACGACGAAGCCUGGUUAGAGGAAGAUGACGAGGACGAGGCUGUGUAG